AUGGGCGACGGACUUCCCACCCCGAGUCCCCGUUCAACACACCGCAACCCCUUCCAGCAACACGAAGAAGAAGAUCUCCUCACGCCGCUUCUACAAUCUCGCCGCCCCUCUCGACAAUAUGCAUGCGCUUCCACACCGUCAGGUGACUCCUUCUCCCUCACCAGAAGCUAUCCCCCUCGAACGGACACUCUCCCAGCCUUCGUGGACCCCUGGCGCCCUAGAACCUCUAUCCCUGAUAUCCGAUCGCCUACGAACCCUGAGUUUUGGUCUCCCCCCCAGGAACAAGCUGGUCCUUCUACGCCCAGAGUACCGGCUAUCCAAGUCCGUGAUGAGUCUCCCACCGGUAAAGCGAGGGAGCCUUCCUCUAUGGCAUCGGAAGAUACAGUACGGAGACAACCCUUGACGCCUUUCCCGCCGUGGAUGAGCAACUCUGAUAGAGAAUGUCAGGAGACUUGCGAGGAAAGACGGGAACGAGAUAAAACUGAGGUUAGGAGGCGUGGGUGUGGUGAUGCCCGGAAGUUGAGGAGGGAAGUUGUGCAUGUGGUGGUCUUGGCGAUGCAGUUUGUUACGUUGCUGGGUGUGUUUUGCGCGUGGGUUGGUGUUGCGGUUUGGGAGGGUGAUCCUGGUUCUACGUUUUGGAAGAGUAUGAGGUGGUACUUCCAGCCUAUGCUUGGCGUGCUGAGCGUGUUCAUGAUGGUUAUGAUUUUGAUUUACGAAGUUAAUGGCUUAUCUGACACGGCUUGUUUGGGCGUGCAAGUUGUGGUGUUGAUGGGGAGUAGUGCCACGGGGUUCUGCGUCGCUUAG